ACGUUCUGUUUCUGAACGCUUUUAAGCUCCCAUUCGCCCACAUUCAGUUCAUUCUCUAAAGCCGUCAACAUGGUUGAUCUCGGACAGUUCGUAGGGUACGAAUUCAAACACGAUAGAGCUGUUGCGUGGAAUAGGAGGGAUUUGAUAUUGUAUGCUAUCGGCGUAGGCGCAAAACAAAAUGACUUGUCAUUAGUUUAUGUGCUUGAUAAAUCAUGGGCACCUUUAUCCACCUUCCCGGUUACCCUGGCUUUAAAGGGAGAGUCGUCUGACGUCAAUUCCUACCUCGAUUUGAAGAAUACUGGGGAGCUACCCAAGGGGUUCCCACACCUUGACAUCAAGCGCAUUGUUCACGGAGCUCAGAGUAUCGAGGUUUUGAAAGAAUUACCUCCUGUUAGCGGUGAUGGCUGGAAGAUGAAGAGUAAGAUAUCUGCUUUCAGCGAGAAUAAAUCGGGUGUGAUUUUGGAGAGAGAAGGUUUGUUACUCGAUCCCAGUGGUGUUCCUUACGCUCGGCUUCUUAGUAGCGAAUUUUUUGUGGGAUCCAAAGUCAAUGGGACCAAAUUCUCGAAGAGUAUCUCAAGUGCUCCUCAGAGUAAACCGAUACCGAAAGACCGUAAGCCAGACUGGGUAGUUCAGGAUGCGACCACACCCGAGCAAGCCAUCGUGUACCGCCUGAGUGGCGAUUAUAAUCCUUUGCAUGUCGAUCCGGAAGCUGGAAAGCAAUCUGGGUUUAACGGCGUGAUUUUACACGGCUUGUCUACGUUUGGAUUCGCUGCCCGAGCUAUAUCGGAGGCUGUUGGCGGCGGCAACCCACGCGCUCUGGUCUUUUUUGGCGUGCGGUUUACUUCACCUAUUAUCCCUGGCGAUAAGCUUGAGACUCAGAUAUGGGAAGUUGGUUCCGGCCCUAAUGGCAUGACGGAAGUGAGCUUUAUCACGAAAAAUUUAACUAGUGGAAAGGUUGCUUUGGGCAGUGGGGUCGCAUUUGUGAAGAAGGCAGAAAAGGCCAAAUUAUGAUUGGGAUGGUAACGAUUAAUGUGGCAUGUAUUUCUAUAUCUUCAGAUACAGCACGAGAUCCCAUUCUUUCUUGACAUUCGGUUCUGCAUCAAAUGAUUCAGAUCAUUGAUAUUCAUGUCUGUGAUACAUCUAUUC